AUGGCUAACCAGCUGUUCCAGGUGUACGCCGAGGCACCCGAGAGCAACGCUGAGCGCGUGUGCCGCAUCUGCCUCCGCGGCGAAGCUUGCACCGACGAUCCGCUGCUGGAGCCGUGUGCCUGCAGAGGUCCCAGCGGCUUCGCGCACAAGGGUUGCCUCGAGCGGUGGCUCCGCGACCGCGACACGGAUCAAUGCGACGUGUGUCACCGCCGCUUCAUGGUGCUCCUCAAGAUGGCGCCGCUACUUGACUUCUUCACGGACCCCAGCCACAGGGUCGACGUACUCCGCAUGGUGGUGGACGCCGUGUCUGCCGCGGGCGACGCCCUGGUGCUCUCGUUCGCCUGGAUGUACGCGAGCGGCUUCCUCAGGGCCGCAGGGUGGAUCCUCUACCUCCUCGUCAUGUCUGUGCUGCUGUUCCAGACUGUGUUCUGGACCGUGGUCGAGGUCAUACGGGUGAUGUACGUCAUGGGAUGA